AUGCCCGCCACCACCCACCACAACAACGACCGCAUCGUCAACUCCAACAACGACAGCGACGGUGCCGCCACUAACGCCCCGAUCGACGGCUCGCGCGGCUAUCCCAAGCCCAUUGGGCCCGUUAAGCCCCCGCCGAAGCCUACCCGUGAGCAAGAGCAAGGUGGCAGUGGCGAGACUUCGGAUAUUUCGUGCCCUGAAGUGAAGAGGGAGUAG